UCUUAUGAUUGCGUAACAGAUUUUCAGCAAAUAAAGUCUAUCGCUGAGAAUAACGGUAUUAGUAAGUGAAACAUUUCAACGUGAAGACGUACAUUGUCUUGUGCUCACAAGAGAUAAAAAUCUAAACGUAAUAAAGAUGCCACGACGUGGACGAGCAGCGGGCCCUCCACCAAGGAGUGUAAGGCCAGCAUCACCAACAAGAGCUGCACCACCACCAAGAGCUGCAGCUCCAGCAGCUCAUCCUCCAGCACAUGCUGCUCCAGCAACACCAAUGGUUGCUCAACCAGCAGCUCAACAGCCAUCUCUUAUGGGACAAAUGGCUGCUACUGCUGGAGGAGUAGCUAUUGGAUCAGCGGUUGGUCAUACCAUUGGUCAUGCCAUGACUGGAUUAUUCAGUGGAAGUUCAAGCGAGACAGCAGCUGCACCUGCACCAGCUCCUGUUCAAGCACAGAACUCUUCAGUUUCUACACCGGUCAAUGGAGCUUGUUCCUGGGAAGUUAAGCAAUUCCUAGAAUGUGCUCAGAAUCAAUCCGAUCUAACCCUUUGUGAUGGUUUCAAUGAAGCUCUUCGUCAAUGCAAAACUGCUAACAAUAUUAUCUAAUCUGGAUUUAAACUUAAUAAAAUUGGCAGUAUGAAAAUAGCGAAUAGAAUUAAUUAGGAAAGCUUUUCAUAUUGUUUUAUCGAUCAUGCAAAGAUGAUUCUAUAUUAAUAUAUAUUAGUGUAAUUGUCUGUAUAUUCAAUUGUUACGUAUCGAAUAAAACAAAAUUAGUCGUAUAUAAAUAUAUAGUCACAAUUUAGGCCAGAUAAAACAUGAAAUAAGUUCCAUCGUAUUCUCUUUUUUCUUUUUUUUUCUUUUUUUUUUUUUUUAUAUAUAUAUCUAUAAUUAAUUCUUAUUAAAUUUCUAUGUGUCUAUAAGAUUAUUGUCAAUGAAUAAAACAUUUUAAUUCAAUUAAUGCAGUACUAUUUUAAAUUUCCCAAGAUAUAGAUAUUAGAAAGAAAUAAAUUGUUGCAGACCAGAUAUUAUAAUUGUGCAAUCACAAAAGAAGCCUGGAAUGUUUGGCCAUAUAGCAGGAACAGCUGCUGGUGUAGCUGCGGUGAAUAUCAAUAAAUUUAAAAUAUAUUGAACAAUUAAAAUCAUUAUUUAAAAGGUUUUUUUUUUUUUUUUUUUUUUAUCAGGGCACAGUAAUCGGUGAUAAAAUUUCUGGUCGUAAUGAAUCAGCUGCACCUAGUGAAUCAAUACAAGCUGAUUCUGCUAGUAAUCCUUGCAAAUACGAGGAAGGACAAAUUCUAGAUUGUGUACAAAAUGAAACAGAUUUACAAGCUUGUGAAUUAUAUAAAAAAGCAUUAUUGGAUUGCAAACGUAAACAUAGUACGAUUUUAAUAGAUAUAUAUUUCUUUCAAUAGAUUAUUAUUAUUAUUAUUAAUAUUAUUAUUAUUAUUAUUAUUAUUAUUAUUAUUAUUAUUAUUAUUAUUAUAACAAAUGCCUCUUCGUAACAUAAACCAUCUCUUUACAGAUAUUAGAUGAAGACCAAAUUAUAUAUAUGUAUAUCUCAUAUGUAUGAAGACAAGAGAAAAUUAAUUCUAAAAUUGUAUUCUGUAUAAAUAAAGCCAAGCAAAGAA